AUGCCUAAACGCGGCGCAUCACCAACCCCUUCGGAGGGUGAGAUUGAUAUCUUUGGAUCUCUUUACCCCGGAGAGGGCGACAACGAGAAUGGCGACAACGGCGGCGAUGCGGACUUCGACUUCGAUGGCUUUCUGAAUGGCCCAGAACCGGGCAAUGAUGACACCGAUGAGGCCUUUAUUGCCUUGCAGCAGGCUGCUUCUUUCCGAAAAGCUUCCAACUUGAAGGGUAGAACGGUCAAGAAGGGUGGUGGUUUCCAAGCAAUGGGUCUGAACAGCAAUCUCCUGAAAGCCAUCACACGAAAGGGUUUCUCCGUUCCUACGCCGAUUCAGCGAAAGGCUAUCCCCUUGAUUCUCGACAGAAAGGAUUUGGUGGGUAUGGCCAGAACAGGUUCAGGAAAAACUGCCGCCUUCGUUAUUCCUAUGAUCGAGAAGUUGCGCGCCCACAGCGCUAGGUUCGGAACACGAGCGCUUAUCCUCUCACCAUCUCGAGAACUUGCGAUUCAGACUUUGAAGGUUGUUAAGGAGUUUAGCCGUGGAACCGACCUGAAGUGUGUUCUGUUGGUUGGUGGUGACAGUCUGGAAGAGCAGUUCGGAUUCAUGGCCGCCAAUCCCGAUAUUGUGAUCGCAACACCCGGUCGAUUCCUCCACUUGAAGGUCGAGAUGGCCCUAGACUUGUCAUCUAUCAAAUAUGUGGUUUUUGAUGAGGCCGAUCGCCUUUUCGAGAUGGGUUUCGCAGCGCAAUUGACUGAGAUUCUACAUGCGCUACCGCCUUCGAGACAAAGUUUGCUCUUCUCUGCUACACUACCUGCCUCUUUGGUCGAAUUCGCUCGCGCUGGUCUGCAAGACCCCAGUCUUGUGCGUCUUGAUGCCGAGCAGAAGGUUUCCCCCGACCUCGAGAGCGCUUUCUUCUCUGUCAAGGGUGGUGAAAAGGAGGGCUCGUUGCUGCACAUCCUCCACGACGUGAUUCAGAUGCCGGUCGGUCCUCCAGAGGGUGCAAAGGAGGAUUCUGAGAAGGGAUCGAAGAAGAGAAAGCGUGGUGCCGAUGGUCCUGGCGGCAAGCCAACAAAGCAUUCUACCAUUAUUUUCACAGCUACCAAGCAUCACGUUGAGUACCUCGCAAACCUGCUCCUAUACGCUGGUUUUGCGGUCUCUUAUGUCUACGGAUCGCUCGAUCAGACUGCCAGACGAGCUCAAGUCGAGGAUUUCCGGAGGGGCAAGACAAAUAUUCUUGUUGUCACUGAUGUUGCUGCACGUGGUAUUGAUAUUCCAGUUCUUGCCAAUGUCAUCAACUUUGACUUUCCUCCCCAGCCAAAGGUCUUUGUGCACAGAGUUGGUCGUACCGCUCGUGCUGGUCAACGGGGUUGGAGUUACAGUCUAGUGAGAGAUACAGAUGCGCCUUAUCUAAUCGAUCUUCAGCUCUUCUUGGGUAAGAAGCUUGUUGUGGGUCAAGAGACGAAGAACCCAUCUUUCUCCGAAGAUGUAGUAGUUGGCGCCCUUAAACGAGAUCCUGUUGAAGGUCAAGUGGAGUGGUUCAACAAGGCCUUGUACGAGAAUGAGGAUGUUUCUGCACUACGCGGAGUCGCCAUCAAGGCUGAGAAGCUCUAUUUGAGGACAAGAAAUUCGGCCGCCAGCCAAAGUGCAAAGCGCUCAAAAGAAUUGGUCGGAUCUCAAGGAUGGUCGCAGCUUCAUCCGCUAUUUGGAGAAGACGUCGAUGGAGCCGAGCAAGCGAGAGUUGAUAUGUUGGCUAGAAUCAGCGGUUUCAGACCCCAAGAAACCAUCUUCGAAAUCGGCGGACGCCGUGAUAAGGGCACCACCGAAGCUGCUGAGGUGAUGAAGCAAUUAAGAAAGAGAAUUACACCACGACGACAGGUUCAAUCAAAGGAAGAGGACGACUCUGACGGAAUUGAUAAUGAUAUAGCAGAAGGUGCCAAAGCAGUCGCCGGUUCUGACGAGGAUGAGGAGGAAGAAGAGGAAGUGGAAGAAAUGGAUGUCGACGAGGAUUCAGACGAUGGCUUGGAGGUCACUGUUUCCAACGCGAACUCCAAGAAGGGGAAAACAGACUGGCGAGACCCAGAACUUUUCAUGUCUUAUACACCUCGAACAUUCAAUGCUGCCGAGGAGCGUGGCUAUGGUGUUUCUACAGGUGGCAAUGAUUCUUCCAACUUCGUUGAGGCUGCUCGUGGCGUGACCAUGGACCUCACCAACGACGAGAACGCCAAGAGCUUCGGCGAGCCCACACGUUCCAAGAUGCGCUGGGACAAGAAGGGUAAGAAGUACGUUUCUCGAGAGAACGACGACGAUGGCUCCAAGGGCGCAAAGAUGAUUCGUGGCGAGAGUGGUGUCAAGAUCGCAGCCAGUUUCCAAAGUGGUCGUUUCGACAAGUGGAAGCGCGCCAACCGUCUCGGCAAGCUUCCUCACGUCGGCGAGCAAGUGCGUCCUGGUGCUACCAGCCAUGUCGCCAACCUUCCCUCAGGAGUGCGUUACAAGCACAAGCAAGAGAGGGCACCCAAGGAGGCGGACAAGUACCGCGACGACUUCGAGGUCCGCAAGAAGCGUGUCAACGAGGCGAGAGAGAAGCGUGUGGGACGAUUCAGAGAUGGUAUGGGCAGCAACAAGGAACUCAAGGGCAGAGACGAUAUCCGCAAGGGAAGAAUCGAGAAGGAGAAGAAGAGGCUCAAGAACGCUCGACCAGCCAAGAAGAAGUAA